UUAACGAUUUACGCAGGCCUGUUUUGACCUUAAUCAAUGAGAUCUAAUUCUCAAACAGCUGGGCAGCCGCCAUCCUAUCCUUCCACUAGAGGGGGUAAUAAGAUUGGGCAGCAGUUUCAUAUGGAGAACUGAGUCCAUGCCCAUUAGAACUUGUUUAUCGAAUCCCUCUGACUUUGCCAGCAGGAACAGAAGUCCACUGGGUUCCAUUUAAAUCAUCCCGUUCCUGAAUGUAAAACCGUUUAACUGCUAGUAUGCCUACAUCCUUUUGACACGCCCGAAAAACUGUGUCUCAUGAAAACCUUGUAUGAGCCUACGUGGCCAUACAAUCGUAUGAUAAGAAGCCCGCACUGAUUCUCUUUGUGUUGAGUAUCAUACCGCUUUAAACUGCGUGGCCCCGAGAGACGUCCUGGUGUCCUAGGUCCUCGCUCCCUCCCUCCCUCCCCUCGGUGGGGGUGGCUCUUCUUCUGCAAACUUUUGUUUGCAAAGGAAAGUUUAUAGCUGUCAGUCUGUCGGGAGGAGACUGAUGGAGGGGGGGAUGUGAAAUGGUAGGCUACAACUGCAUGAAAUCAAAGCGAGACAACGAAAAAUAACAAACCAUCUCCAUGGACGGAUAUGGACUACCCUCGAAAACGAAGACAUCUGAUAGACCCGUGUAGCCUAUUUGUGAACCGUAGCAAUACGCAACCAAAAAUAAUUCAUAGUUCAGUUAAGGCACGCUUGGUCGUAAUGUGAUGUUGUUCAGAUGUAGCUGACGGUUCGACAUGACUAUCUACUUGAACACCGGGCUUGGACUAGUUUUUUCUCUCAUUCACCUUUUUGUCGCACUUGGUCUUCUUUCUGUCGUGGAAAACACCAAGAUCCACAAAUCAGGGAGUUUUCCACAGAAGCCUCCAGAAUAUGAAGUUGUUAACCCUACAAGAGUGGACGCCAAAGGUCACUUCCUGUCCAACUUCCUGCCCCACCAUGGGAGCCGCAUCCAGCGACGACAUGUCCUGGAGAAGACGAAGAGCCCAGAGCGGGUCUUCUACCACUUGUUGCACAGAGGCAAUAGUUUGCACUUUAACCUCAGCCUCAACUCCCACUUCUUGGCCACUGGCUUCUUAACAGAGAGGAGGUACGGUGGCCUGGAUGGGGCUAAGCUUCAAAGACACACCUCCUCUCUGUGCCACUUCUUAGGGGAGGUGUGGGACGAGUCCACUGGUAAAGGAAAAGCUGCUAUAAGUACCUGUGAUGGACUGACAGGGCUGUUCACGGUCUCUGAAGAGGAGUUCUUCAUCCAGCCAGUGGAACGGACCUCCAGUGUUUCCGAGGAACCGCAGGCUCAUCUGGUCUCCAAGCGCCACAGCCCCCUGAACCAGAGCCCCGCGGAGCGGCCCGUCUCAGGGACACGGCAGGCUGACAGCAACAGCACCUGUGGCGUCCAAGAUCCUCACGGAGGUCUUGAGGAAACGGAGAGGCAGCGGCGGCGCUGGGAGAGCCGGCGCAGCGCCCGCAGAGGGAGGAGGGUUCGCCAGCGCUCGGUCACCACCGAGAAAUGGGUGGAGACGCUGGUAGUGGCUGACCCCAAGAUGGUGGAGUACCACGGGAGCCAGGGAGUGGAGAGCUAUGUGCUCGCCGUCAUGAAUAUUGUUUCCGGGCUUUUCCGCGAUGCCAGCAUCGGAAACGCCAUCCAUAUUGUGGUUGUUCGUCUCAUCCUACUGGAGGAGGAGGAGGAGGAGCUUAAGAUCACGCACCAUGCUGACAGCAGCUUGAGCAGCUUCUGCAAGUGGCAGAAAGGACUGAACAUGAAAGGAGACGACCACCCACUCCACCAUGACGUCGCUGUGCUUCUCACAAGGAAGGAUAUCUGCACAUCCAUCAACAAGCCCUGUGAGACGCUGGGUCUGUCACAUGUGGCAGGCAUGUGUCAGCCCCACCGCAGCUGCAGCAUCAACGAGGACACUGGGCUCCCUCUCGCCUUCACCGUCGCCCACGAGCUGGGUCACAACUUUGGGAUUCAACAUGAUGGCAACAGCAACGACUGCGAGCCCAUCGGGAAGAAGCCGUUCAUCAUGUCUCCCCAGCUGCUGUACGGCACCUUGCUGCCCAGCUGGUCCCGCUGCAGUCGCCAGUACAUCACCCGGUUCCUGGAUCGCGGCUGGGGCUGGUGCCUGGACGACCCACCACUCAGGAACGAGUUGUCUCAGACUCCCAUGCCCCCGGGGUUGCUGUACAGCGCUGCGCACCAGUGUCGCCUGCAGUACGGACCUCAAUCUCUGCUUUGCGACGAUGUAGACAAUGUGUGCAGUACAUUAUGGUGUACUGUAGGGAGUACAUGUCAUUCUAAAAUGGACGGUGCUGUGGAUGGAACCAACUGCGGCGAGGGCAAGUGGUGCUUCAGGGGAGAAUGUAUACCAGCCGGCCACAGACCUGAGGGUGUGAACGGAGGCUGGUCGUCGUGGAGCGGGUGGACGGCUUGUUCCCGGACCUGUGGGGUAGGGGUGCUGAGUGCCCACCGGGACUGUGAUAACCCAGUGCCAAAGUAUGGAGGUAGGUACUGUCUUGGUGAGCGGAGGAGGUACAGGACCUGUAACAAGACGCCGUGCUUCAGCGAACUACCCAGCUUCAGGGACCUCCAGUGUGGGCACUUUAACACCAUGGCAUACAAGGGCAACUUCCACAAGUGGGUGGCGGUAAACAACAGAGACUAUGCAUGCGAACUGCACUGCCGUCCACUGAAUGAGCAUUUCUCUGAGAAAAUGCUGGAUGCUGUAGCUGAUGGGACGCGGUGCUCCGAAACCAACACUAGUCGAGACAUGUGCAUCAAUGGUGUUUGUAAGAACGUGGGCUGUGACUUUGUCAUUGAUUCUAAUGCGUUGGAGGACCGAUGUGGCGUGUGCCAGGGGGAUGGAUCGACCUGCAAAACAGUGACCAAAACUUUUGAGAAGAGCGAAGGCCUGGGCUAUGUAGACAUCGGGCUGAUCCCAGAGGGAGCACGGGACAUCAGAGUGGAGGAGAUGGCUGCGGCAGGGAACUUCUUGGCUCUUCGGAGCGACAAACCCGACACGUACUUCCUCAACGGUGGCUGGACCAUCCAGUGGAAUGGAGAAUACAAGGCAGCAGGAGCCGUGUUCACGUACGAAAGAACCGGUCACCUGGAGAACCUGACCUCCCCUGGUCCCACAAAGGAGCCACUGUGGAUCCAGCUGCUGUUCCAGGAGACCAACCCGGGGGUGCGCUACGAGUACACAAUCAGACAGGAGUACUCGGAGGACAACACCACUGUCAUGUCCGACUUCUUCUGGAAAUUUGGGUCGUGGACUGAGUGCAGUGCUUCUUGUGGGGCCGGUGUCCAGCGGCAGAUCGUCCAUUGUGUGGAGAGGACCUCAGGGAUAGUGGAGGAGCACUUCUGUGACGCCAUCAUCCGGCCGGAUGAUGAACAGACCAUAUGCCAAAAAGAACAGUGCCCCCCUACCUGGUGGGCUGGGGAGUGGCAGAAGUGUUCGUCAAGCUGCGGGCUGUCAGGCUUGACUAAACGCACAGUGCUCUGCAUCCAAGCAGUGGAUUUGGAGGAACGCCAAGCGUUGCAGCACACUGAGUGCAAACACAUGGCAAAGCCUGAGUCUGUCACCUCCUGCAACACACACGUCCCCUGCCCGGCAGACUGGAUCUCGGGCAGCUGGGCAGACUGUUCGCUGACGUGUGGCACAGGCGUGCACCAACGUAACGUGACCUGUUCCUGGAACACGGGUGUGGCCUGUGAUUCACACAGGAGACCCCCCGUCACCUCUUCCUGCCAUGUUCGGGACUGUCAAGUCGUUGCCGACAACUUUGGGAGAGAAGGCGACUGGUCCGGGAGUGGAUGGACGAGCAAUCAGGGGGUAAACGAGAUCAACUCCAUACCUGAGGUUGGUCAUGGUGCACAAAAGCAAACACCCAGCACCCGAGCUCAGCCCAGGGCCCACAAUGAGCUGGACAACGUGAUCGAGGCCGAGUUCCCGCCACGCCAUCACGUUGAUAAGGGCAACCAACCCAUCGAGAAAAACGUAAAAGUCGACGAUUUCUACUAUGACUAUAAUUUUAUUAAUUUCCAUGAAGACCUGGCGUAUGACGUUGUUGACACUGAGAACAGUGUAACGGAGGAGCGGGAGAGUUUACCCAUUCAGCAGGAACACGUGCCGGAACCCACAACAGAGGAAAACAUUGCAAGGAGGCAACCGGCAACAACUACCUCAGCCGCUACUAUUGAAACAACACAGGGUCACACGGGAAACAUUAAAGAGACGCAAAGCGACACGCCUGAAAAGAUUUCACUAGAUCUGGAAAACAUAGUCUUUCCUGAGGAUGACUACUUCUUGCCAGUCUCUACGAUGACUGCAAGGCCGCCAGUGCCGCUAUCUCCAACCAGGCAUCCACAUUCACCGAAAGAGUGGCAAGUAAGGCGAGGCAGUCCCGAAGAUCCGAGCACCUUACCUGGAUUCGACGUGAACAAGCAGGAACCUGCACAGUCAGAGACACCGCAAGAGGAAUUUAUGCAUUCAAAAGGGGGUCUUAAUGCGGAGGAGGAUGGGAACACGCCAGGGACGUUGAAACCUGUAACUGCCACUCAAGGUUAUACGGAUGGGUCCCUGGCCAGUGCUGAGGAGAUUGAGGAUGCUGAUUAUUUUGAACAUCAAUCCUCUGACGAAACUACCAUUGAUGACUCACAGGUUGCGAAUGCUAACACAGAGCCACCGUUACCUUCAACCUCUGAAGAAAUUGUUGUUCGAUUUCAAACGGAAAGCGCACCAGCUUCUCCAGAGGGACCAGAUAAGGGCGCGGCAGAAAUCCCCACAGCUGCUCGUCGCUGGUUUGAUUUGUCAGCACCUUUCCCGACUGCCGUUAUGUCGCAGUAUACAGACUAUGAUAAACGUCUGCGGGAGUCAAACUCCACUGGCCAGGCAAAUCCCAGGCUCACCAACUGUUCCUUUAAGGUCACUGCGUACCCUUCCUCUCAGGAGUCUGUUACGGCUCAUUCAAUCUCAGGACACCAGGAGACCUCUGCCGACACCUUACCAGUUAUUGAAACGCCCUUACCACCAAAUGGAGGCCCUCUGCUUCCGGCACUGUCCAAGCUAACACAUUCUACCUGGCCAGGGUCCACAGAGGAACUGCCAACCCGGCCCACACUGAUUGAAAGAACGGAGCCAGACGGGAGCCCUCUUCGUACCCACCUUGAACCGUCCUCCUCAUACAGCGACGACAAUGAGAUGAAUGUACCUCUGGAGAUACCGAGGGGCAAAAGUGAAACCCAACCUCCAGAGAUCACCCCAGCCACCUCUGUUUCACUCACCCAGGCAGAAACAAUGACCCUGCCGUCCCAGGGACCUGCUGGGUCCGAUCUGUCCGACCUUUCCUCAGGGUCCGUUCCGGGGCCAACAAAGCUCCCAACGCCGGCCUCCAACCAGGCCACCGCAGCUGCCUACUGGGUCGUCGGCAACUGGAGCUCAUGCUCCACCAGCUGUGGCCUUGGGGCUAUCUGGAGACGACUGGCCUGCAGCACGGGUAUAGACUUGGAUUGUGACCCAGCCAAGAGGCCGGCACCCGCCAGGCGUUGCUACUUGCGCCCCUGCUCUGCCUGGAAGACAGGGGAAUGGAGCAAGUGCUCUGCGAGCUGUGGAGGAGGCCUGACCCUCCGAGAGGUCCAGUGUUUCGACAUGCGCGACCCCAGGCCUCUCCGGCCAUUCCACUGCCAGGCCAUCUCCCAAAGGCCCCGCACACACAUGCCCUGUAAUGUGCAGCCAUGCCUGGAGUGGUACACCUCGUCCUGGGGCCAGUGCUCAGAGGUCUGUGGUGGGGGGGAACAGCAGCGCAUGGUGACGUGUCCAGAGGAGGGGCGGUGUGACCAGGACCUGAGGCUUGCUCACAUCCAGUCCUGCAACAGCCAGCCUUGUGCACAGUGGCUGACUGGAUCCUGGGGACAGUGCUCUUUGCUAUGUGGGGGUGGAGUGCAGCAUCGCCUCAUCAAGUGCGUUGACACAAGGGCAGAGAUGGAGGACGAAAUGGACCAGGCACAGUGUGAGCCUCAGCCCAUGCCCCAAAGCACCAAGAAGUGUAACUUGCACGAGUGCGAGAGUGCCUCUUCUGGUGUAGUCUGUCUUGGCGAUCAGCUGACCUUCCGUUUCUGCCAGACUCUGCAUUGGCUGGGCCGUUGUCGCCUGCCAACUGUACAGGCACAAUGCUGCAGGACCUGUGGCCAGCGUUCCCGUGGCCAAGGCCGCACGUCUCACCGUUGAGGCAAGACGUUAAAGCACGUGGACUAGGGUCUCCCGGAGCACCAAGCUGAAUUCCACAGACUCCAUCUGUUCUCUGACCCCCAGACCUCUCGAGGCUUCGUCUACAGCCUCAUGCAUUAGGCAUGACGUUUUUCAGGCACACGUGAUAGGUGUGCAAUUACUGUGUACCAUGUUUACUCCGUGGCUUUUUGUGAGUCCUGUUUUAAGAAUAGUAGUGUAUGGUCGCCUCGAAGGGCCCAAUCAGGUGCUUUCUGUACCAAUGCUUAACAGUGGAAUAACAAGCUGUGGAGACAGAUUACAUAAAUACAAAAAACGACAUGAAUGCAGUUGUUUGUGUAUUUCGCAGCAUUGACGUUUGAAAGGUUUGCUCUCUGGGUGUUUCAAAUAAUUAUAUUUGACUCUAUUUUCUACAUUUUCUGCAUUUUCUGCAUUACAGCAUUGGAACUAAUGUAGCCAUCUCAUUAUUGCAGUGAGCAGUUGGAGUAAGCAACUCAACCUGGGAUAUUCAGCAAAGUGGUUCUACACAAUAUGUGGUACAGGUCUUACGGCACAGCCCACAGAUGUCUCUAAUGUAUUUUCAAAGCCUUCAAGAAGCGGCUCCAUAUGUUUGACUUAAUGACUUAUAGGGUUUUUUCUUUGCAUGGUUUUCCUAAAUGGAAAUGGAAAAAUGGUGCUGCAUAAUACCAUUUUGGUGCUAGAGAGUACUAAGCCUUGGUUUGGCCUUUCAUCUACUUGAAUAUUUUUGUCUUUUACUAUUCAAUUAUUACAACCUUAAUAGGAUAUUGAUUAUUCGGAAGCAAUUACAAAAGAAAUAUAAGAAUAACAUUACAAUAUCAAAACGCUGUCACUAUCCAAAAAAUGCAUUAUGUUCUCAGUUUUUACAAAAGCCUCAAAUCAAAUUGCCGACUCAAUCAACACGUUUAAUUUAGUCAUUUUACUUUUUAUUUAUGGAGCUCUUUAAAACGAGGUAAUUACAAUAAUC